UGGCUUUUUAACCAUCGCCUUGUCCCUUUCUUGCCUGGUCUUCCCUUUUUUGUCUUCUUUUCUUCUCCAUACCUCAUUCUUUCCAUUGCUCUCACGGACUCACACUCCAGGCCAUGAAAUACCUCUCCAAGCUCUUGGGCACUUCCAAGGCCGGAGAGUCUCCCCCAGAGGCCACCGCUGAUCUCCAGGUCGAUGGAAAGGUCGCCCAAUACCCGGAAGAGGGCGGCCAGCAAUCCAGCAGCGAGGAGGAAAUUGCAGAUGGUGUGGAUAAUUCCAAUCCGCAGUAUGGUGUCCGCAGUGCUGCCGCAGCACUGAAGGUGUGGUCCAAAUGGCAGCUCAUUACCGUCUAUGUCAUAAUGUGGCUCAUCGAGUUCCUCUUGGCCUUCCAGAGCGGCAUGGCUGGCACACUCAACAACUACGUUACCAGUGCCUUUCAGAAGCAAUCCUUGACGGCUACAACCAGCGUCAUCUCCUCGCUUGUUGCCGGCCUCGUCAAGCUGCCCUAUGCAAAGCUCAUGGAUAUCUGGGGCCGUCCGCACAGUUUGGCCAUCAUGAUCGUCUCCAUCACCAUCGGGCUCAUCAUGAUGGCUGCGUGCAACAAUGUCGGCACCUAUCUUGCUGCCCAGAUCUUCUACUCGACCGGCUACAACUGCAUCGAUUUCUCCAUUACUAUCUUCAUCGCAGAUACCUCGUCCCUGCGUAACCGAGCGUUCGUUAUCGCCUUCGUCUCCUCCCCCUGGAUUGCCACGGUCUGGGCCACCGGACCCGCGGCACAGAGCGCCCUGGAGACCAUCGGCUGGCGCUGGGUCUUUGGCAUCUUCUCCAUCCUCGUGCCCGUGGUCUGCUUCCCGCUCUGGGCCCUGUUCUACUACAACCACUGGAAGGCCGAGAAGGAAGGUCUCAUCGUCCGUGAACGCAGCGGAAGGACGUGGAUGCAAUCGUUCAAGCACUACAUGAUCGAAUUCGACGUCGUCGGCCUCCUCCUGCUAGCGGGUGGUCUGGCACUGUUCCUGCUGGCCUUCAACCUCUACUCGUACCAACCAAAACAAUGGCGCGAGCCAUUCAUCAUCGCCUUCAUCGUCGUCGGGGGCGUCCUCAUGUUCAUCUUCGCCCUCUACGAACGCUACCUAGCCCCCGUCACCUUUAUCCCCUGGGAUCUCCUGAAGAACCGCACCAUCAUCUUCACCUACAUCAUGGUCGCCAGCUUGUACACCCCCUACUACAUCUGGGACGACUACUUUUACGCCCUUCUUAUCGUCGUCUUCAACACAGGCAUCACCGUCGCAACGUACAUUGGUAACAUCUACUCCGUUGGCUCCUGCUUCUGGUCCAUCGUCUUCGGGCUCAUCCUCCGCUACAACGGCCGCGUCAAAUGGCACGCCGUCUUCUUUGGCGUCCCCAUCACCAUCCUCGGCGUGGGACUGAUGAUCCACUUCCGUUUCUCGGACAGCGGUAUCGGCUACAUCGCCAUGUGCAUGAUCUUCGUCGCCUUCGGCGGCGGCACCCUCGUUAUCUGCGAACAGAUCAACGUCAUGGCUGCCGCACCGCAGAAAUACGUCGCCUCCGUUCUUUCGCUCGAGUCUAUGAUCACCUCCAUCGGUGCUGCUGUCGGGUCUACCAUCUCCUCUGCCAUGUGGACGGGUAUCUUCCCCAAGAAACUCAUCGAGUAUCUUCCCGCUGAUGCACCCUUCGCGGAGAUCUACGGUAGUCUGGUCGUGCAGACUUCCUACCCGCCUGGUUCGCCCAUUAGGACCGCUAUUAAUCACGCCUAUGGUGAGACGCAGCGGUAUAUGCUUAUCACUGCUACGUGUAUGUAUAUUAUUACAUGGGGGUCUGUGUUGUUUUGGCAGGACUUCAACGUGAAGAAGAUGAAGAAGCAGAAUGAUCGGCUUUUCUAGGUUGUUUGUUUAUUUAUUUAGAUAUAGGUUUGAGCGGGUUGAUGUGGUGUUGGUGUUGUUAUGGUUGGGGUACAUGAAGUGAUGAUGCAUUUUCUUGAAAUGAUAAAAGUUUCACAUAGAGAAAUGGCUGCCUUUUCCACCUCCACAUCUGCCUUCCAGUGGUUGAGCCACUGCUUGUACUAGUCGUUCCCUGGACUAGACAUAGUCCGCGUCUGGGGUCGUUCCAUUACAGCCACCCAGCCUCAGGUAAGCAAAGGGUAGACGUCCAGAAUGGCACCGGGAGAGUGGAACUCAAAG